UCUAAUGUCACUCCUGGGGAGGGUGGAGAUUUUGAACCCUGGAUGCUUACAGUAGAUUUAGGGUCAUGAGAUGACCUAAUUGAUGACCUUUGACAUUGUGGAUCCCAGGACUGACGAGUCGGUAGAACGGGGAAGCGUUGCGUCCCGGCCGGCGCCGCCGCUGGUUUACCAACUUCUGCUGUUCGUUCCAGAGAUUCUGCCAACAGCGGAUCCGUCUCCAGGUGAAAAGCACCGUCGGGUUGAUGGAAACAUUUUAUACGAUAUAAACAAAACGUUCAGACAUUUCAGGAACAAAACUUCAACAAGACUUUCCUUACACAAAAAUCAGUUUUCUAUCAGUUUCUGAUCAGGUUUUACUAAAACGCAGCCGAACUUUGGUUCAGUACAUAAAGGCAAAGUUCACCCUGAUUAGAAAGAUUCAACAAAAAGUUUUCAGUCGUUUUGUACGUGACUCUGACCCCAGAAACAAACCGGGUCAGGGACGCAGAGGGGAAUAAAAGAGCUGGACUCCGGAGCUGAGAGAAACCGGCGCAGCGCUGAAACCGCUGGCUCCUUUCUUACCUGAGAUGUGGAGCUUCUUGCUGGUUUUUGGGCUCCUCUGCUGGGGAUCUCACGGAUCAGUGACCUGCAAAAACGACCGCAAUGUCGAAGUGGACUGGUACAUUUUAUACAAGAUGCCCAGAGUGGGUGGCAUUUCCACUGGGACGGAGUAUUUCUACAUCGACUCGAGUGGCAGGAACGAGGAGUUGAGCAACAUCAACAGCCCCAACGGCGUUCUGGGAAAUACGCUGAGGCCUCUCUUCAGACCCAUUAGAAACAUGGAAACUACCUUUGGGUUCAUCAGCUACAGCGAUCAGCCGCCAGGAUGUGGCGCCGAUCCAAAUAGGUUUGGCCACAGCAAAGGACUCGUGAUGGUGGACAGAACCGGUACGGGAGUCUGGAUCUUACACAGCACCCCUCGGUUCCCCUUCAGAAGGGACCAGAACAGCUUCUGGCCAAACAGCGGCAACAGAUACGCUCAGACAUUCAUCUGUGUGACGUUCAACUACAACCAGUUCACCACAAUAGGAACACAUCUGAAGUACAUCAAUGCGUUUCCAUUUGAACAUUAUAUCCCAGAUGAUUUUCACGAGGAACUAAAAAAUGUUGUGAAAUGGACAGAAGGCUCUCCGUACAACCCUGAUAAGGUUGAGAUCUCAUUGUUGACAUCCAAAGGGAGACAAGGCUUUAAAAUCUUUGCUAAACAAGCCGAUGCAGCUGAAGCGGUUGGAGAUCUCUACCGAAGUAUCGCCAACCACAUCAGGAGCAACGUCUCCGCCCAGACAUGGGGCUGCCAGCCCCAACGGUCCCCCUCCAUCUGUUCCAUUGAAUUUUCAGUCAACAACGUCGAAGACAUAAAAGUGGGUAACCGGCAGACGUGGAAGCCUACAGUGGACCAUUCCAAGUGGUGCGUAGCUACAGAUCAGAACAAACACUGGACCUGCAUCGCCGACAUGAACCGGGCCGAAUCUCAGUACAAGCGGUUCGGCGGAGCGCUCUGCAUCCAACUUGAGAAGGUCCAACGUCACUUUCUGGGAUUUGCUAUCCAUCCUCAGAUCUGUCGGAAACGUCGCUACCCAGUUUGUGAUCCAGACUCUGAUGGAGACAAUCUCCAACUUAUCGGUUAGAUCGGCCGAGUCCACAUCGAUUGCAUCAGAUCAAUGCCUUGUAGACUUAAACCUUUCAAUCAGAAAAACUGGAGAUAAUUCCAGAAUAAAUGAUUCUCUAAAUCAGGGGUCUCAAACUCAGUUUGCCCGCAGGCCGCUGGAGGCAGAGUCUGGGCCGCAUAAAGGAUUCCACAAAAAACAUGAAAAAAAUAUCCUCAAAUGUCAUCAACAUUUAAUUAUUUCUACAAUACAUGAACUGCAGGCUUUGGAUUGACAAAGACAAGAUGAGGGUGUGACAAAGUUUAGUUUAUUCCACUUGGUGUCGCUCUUGUUCUACGUUUCACAUUAGUCUUUAGCCAGCUAGCAACGUAUGGAGAACGUCUCGACGCGUGACGUCAUUACCUACUUGUCCCAACAGCGCGGCGGAUGACGAACAGCCCGGUAGCAGUCGCCUUUCUCUGCGUUUGAUCGUGGCAUUAAUGGUAGAAAGUACCGGAAUGGCGACUGCAGGGAAGGGCAACUGGUACCGGACUGGUCCAUCAUCCACCGCACUAUUGUUAUAAGCGCAGUGUGCAUGAAAUCAGUGUAGCUUAGCAUAGCACCGAAUGUCAGCCAUGACGAGGAACGGCGGGCGGGACUUCCUUCAGAGGUCCGCUCACCCUGUGGGCCGCACUAAUGUUAUACUGUCAUAUCACGGUGGGGGCCAAGAGACAUCGUCCUGCGGGCCGCCAUUGGCCCUCGGGCCACGAGAAUGAGACCUCUGGUCUAAAUAAAAUGCAUGUUUCUUCCUGGCUGUUUGAAAAAUUACAUUUCAAUGAAGGAAUCAGAAAAACAGAUUUUUAACAAGCUGUCACUCUCUGAUGUAAACUUGUGAUUAAUAAAUCACUUAAAGCUUCAUGUUUA